GGACUAGCUAGAGACUAGAGAGAGUACAGUACACUCGCAGUAGCAGCUGGAGUAGCAAAGCUGCGUUGGCGCCUAGCAGAGAGCGACCUCCCGCCUUCCACACCGCCCAUAUCGGUCGAGCGUACGUUCAAGCUCUUUCUUUUAUAAACUCCGGCCUCUUUUGCUUUGUCCUUCAUCGAUCGUCGUCAUCCAACAUCUAGAUCGAAUUAUCAAUCUAGCCGUGCGCCAUUGAUCGACCGAUCGAGCUUCGAGCUAGCUAGAUAUAUUGUUUGUGUGCCGGCUAUCGAGAUCGAUCGGUCGAGAAUUGGAGAUGGCGAAACGGCCGGCGGGCGGCGGCACGAAGAAGAGGCUGCGGCGGGGCCUGUGGUCGCCGGAGGAGGACGAGAAGCUCUUGAACCACAUUGCCAAGUUCGGCAAUGGCUGCUGGAGCUCCGUCCCCAAGAUCGCAGGACUUGAGAGGUGCGGGAAGAGCUGCAGGCUGCGGUGGAUAAACUACCUGCGGCCGGACCUGAAGCGGGGCGCCUUCUCGCAGCAGGAAGAGGAGCUCAUCAUCAGCCUCCACUCGCUGCUGGGCAACAAGUGGUCGCAGAUCGCGGCACAGCUCCCGGGGCGCACCGACAACGAGGUCAAGAACUUCUGGAACUCCUUCCUCAAGAAGAAGCUCCGCGCACGGGGCAUCGACCCGGCCACCCACAAGCCCCUUGUCUCCAAUCUCUCCCCUGCCCCCGUCUUCAGCGACGCCGCCGCCGAGCUCGGCCUGCCGGCGUCCAUGGCGCCGCCGCCGCCGAUGCCGCCGUUGGGUGUGGCGUCGGCGGCGGCGGAGAGUGCCUGCUGCUACGUGUACGGCGGAAGCUCGGACUGCGGCGGCGGCGGCCAUGGAUUUAUGAUCCCGUCGGUGUCUAGCUCCAGCACGCUGAGCUCCAUGGCGGCCGGGGGUGCCGCCGCCGCCACCGAGGAGCAGUACAGCGGCGGAGGGUUCGAGUCGUCGGUGACGACGCAGAGCAGCGGAGGCGGCGGCGGCGCACAGCUGCCGUGGCUGGAGCUGGGGGGAUCGAUCAGCAGCUACGGCGGCGCCGGAGCCGGGGACGAAGAGCAGUACGGCGCGGCGCUGGACGAGCUGAGGUGGUCCGACUACGUGUUCGACGGCGGAUACCAGGACCAGCAGUGCGCCGCCGCCGCCAUCUACGAUCACGGCAAGGCCGGCGGCGACCCGGCGGCCACGGCGGCGCAGUCGUUCGGCGCGCACGGCGGCGGCGUCAGCUGGUGCUUGAAUUGAAUCGAACCCCAACCAAAGCCGGCGCCGGCGAGCAAUCAAACAAUAAUUGCUCUCCGGAUCGAUGUAUGUACGUCCAGAUUGGAGUGUGUAUACGUAUAUAUACAAUCUCUAAUGCUUGGUGAGGAUUUUGCAUGGUUUAUUCUGUAAUUUUAUUCCCCCGGCCUCUUUGAUCUCCCUCUCUUGGCUGAUUGAUUUGAUGGGUAACUUAAUUCGGCUUUGCGUGUAAAGUGCAUGUGAUGAUGAAACAGAAAUUCGACAGAUACGUACACACGUAUAUAAACAUAUUUUCUAUGUAUAAAGGGUUUUGAUUUUUCGAGUGACAA